AUGGCACAAAAUAUCUUAAGAAAGUUCGCUACUUCAGCUAAAUAGCUUGACGAGUUAAUCUUCAAGCUUGAAACCAAUCUAGGAAGAACUCACACAGUAUCACCAUUCACAGGUUUAUAUCAAAGACACGGCUUCUCAACUAUCAAUAAUAGCAAUGUUAAUGUUGCUGAAACUACUGAGGAAGUAAAACAAUAGCCUGCUGCUCAACAAUAAGCCAAGCCAUAGCAAUAAGCUAAGCCAUAAGGUGAAAAGCAACCCAAGCAAUAAAAGCAGCCUCAGCCAAAGAAAGGUGGUCAGCCAGCUUAAGAGGAGGUAAAACUUGAAGAAGUCUGGGAAGUCUAUUCAAAGUGCGAUCUCCGUGUGGGUAAGAUCUUGACUUGCGAGCCUCAUCCCAAUUCUGAGACUCUCUACAAAGAGACUAUUGAUCUCGGUGAAGGUGAGCCAAGAUUGAUUGGUUCGGGCUUACAAGGCAAGAUUCCAAUUGAAGAGAUGACCAGUGGAUUAGUAGUGGUUUUCGCCAACUUAAAGCCAAGAAAGUUAGCUGAUUUCUAAUCAAAUGGUAUGGUGCUCUGUUCAAGCACUGAAGAUAAAAGUGUGAUUGAGCUUAUCAGACCACCUGAAGGAAGCAAAGUAGGAGAGAGAAUUCAACUUAAUGGAAACCCAAUCCUAGGCAAAGAAUUAUCUUAAGAGAAGGAAGCUGUUCUUAAUCCUAAGAAAAAGUACUUUGAAAGAUCAUUAGAGCAUCUUAGAACCAAUGAUAAUUGCGAAGCUAGCUAUAAUGGUGUUACUCUUACCACCUCUGCAGGGGUACUUACUACCAAAACCCUUAAGAAUCAGCACAUUUCAUGA